CACAAAUAAACGAGAGGCAAAGAGGAGCCAACGGGGAUGGCGCUAACGGCUUUGACAAGCCACACGAUUCUCCUCGUCAUAUCUACUAUUAUAUCUUUUCAUUGGACGAUUCUCCGUCUAAAUAACCUAACUCUUCUUCAGAUCCUUCCAGCUUUCAAAGGAUGAGAAUUUGGUGAAUGUUUUUGGAUCGAUUUUUAGUUGAUGUGACAAUGUUGCCUGUUUGCUCAGCCACCCCAAGCUGUGCUUCUUAUUCUACGAUUUCACUACAUGGAUUGCGACCUUCUUCCCCAUUCCAGAAGGAUUUUGAAGUCAGAUGUAUCAGGGAAGAAAGGGUUUUUUUAGGCUUGCCAAAUGGAACUCAGUUGCGAGGAGAAUCCUUUCAAACACAAGCUACAAAGUCUUUCUACUCUACUUUUGUUAAGAGCACUGAACAAUCAGUCUCCCCAGGUUUCACUAAUAAUCAAUCCUGCCAAAAUGAAUCAGAUUAUUUGGAGUGCAACUUUUCGGAUGUUUGGAGUUCUUCAAAUGGAAUGAUAAAUGAAACAGUCCCCUUGGGCAGGGUGGAAGUUAAAUAUGUAGAGGAUUCUAGCACAGCUGUUGCAGAAGAAGGAUUCACGAACUUGAAAGAGCUAUCAUCUCAACCUGCAGAUAUUUUGUCUGGACCUAUAGAACCUGAAACCAUAUCAACUACUGAUAUAAUGGCAUCUUCAUCUGACUCUUUAGAUGCGUAUAAGGAUCCAUUGUUCAAUAAAAAAACAAGUAUUGAGGAUUUUCUGGAUGGUGCUAGUAAGUCCUUCAGUACAUCAAUAAACAAGGGAGAAAGUGCCUUGAAAAGCUCGGUAGAUGCCAUUAAUGCAUCUAUUUCAUCAGUCAUUAAAAAUGCUACUGAUGCAGUAGAUAAUGCUGUUGGUGGAGUGUUUUCAACUGCUGAUCAAAACAGGGAAUUGGCCGGUAAUAGUUUGACAAGCUUUUCAGGUGACUUGAAGGAAGCCAUAAGUAAAGCAUCUGUUGUUGCUGCUGAUGUAUUGAGGCGUACAAUUGUCACAGUGGAGGAUUAUUUAAAAGAUGGGGCUUCCUUUGUUGUUUAUUCUUAUGGGUCCACAAAAGAACUGCUUCCUCCAGACAUCAGGGAUGCUCUGAAUUUGUCUGAAGAGAGAGCAAUAGAUGUCUUGAGGCCGGUCAGGACGAUUUUUCAACAGGUGUAUAUUGCUUUAGAGGGGUUGGAGAAGAAUCUUGGCUUGGAUCCAAAUGAUCCAAUUGUUCCAUUUGUGCUUUUCCUUGGAACCUCAACCACUUUAUGGGUGUUUUUUUGGGUGUGGACAUAUAGUGGUUACUCUGGAGAUUUAUCUCCUAAAUUAACUUUGGAGUUCUUGACUGGGAAGGAGAAUAAUGUACUCAUUGAUGUCCGGCCUGAGGUUUUGAGAGAAAGUAAUGGUGUUCCUGAUCUCCGUCGGGCAGCUCGGUCUCGCUAUGCAAAUGUAACUCUACCUGAGGUUGACGGUUCUGUAAGGAAGUUCUUGAAGAGUGGAAGAGACCUUGAUGACUCCUUGAUUGCUGCUGUUAUUCGGAAUUUGAAGAUCGUUCAGGACAGGUCCAAGGUCAUAAUCAUGGAUGCUGAUGGUACUCGCUCCAAAGGCAUUGCAAGAUCCUUGAAAAAACUUGGGGUUAAGCAACCGUACUUGGUCCAAGGUGGCUUUCAGUCUUGGGUAAAGCAGGGGCUCCGUAUUAAGCAGCUCAAACCUGAGACAGCACUUACUGUUUUCAAUGAGGAUGCUGAGGCAAUUUUGGAGGAAAUCAGUCCUUCUCCAGUUAAAGUUCUUGGGUUUAGUUUGGGUUUCCUUGCGGCCCUUUAUGCCCUACUAGAGUGGGAGAAGACACUACAAAUUAUUGGCAUUGUUGGCCUUGGACAGACGAUCUUCCGGCGGGUUGCUUCCUAUGAGAGCUCUGAAGAUUUUAAGCAGGAUGUGAGCCUGCUGCUUGCUCCCAUUAGAGUUGGAACUCAAGCAUUUUCAUGGGCUGCGGGAAAAUGGGAAACCAAUCGCACUGGACUGCCAACAUCCCCUUCAUCCUCAGAUGUUCAAAAUCGGGUCUUGCAGGCUGCUGCAAAGCAUGAAUCUCAACCACCUGAUUCCGAAGGUAUCCAAGACCCAUCUCCUGAGCCAACAAUUCAAGUAAACGAGAAUGUAGAUCUAUCAGAAGCAUAAGGUUGGGAUUCUUGUUGUUGUACAGUACUUAAAUUCGAGCAACACAUCCAUACAUUAGAAUGGAGCUGAGUUUUAUCGUUCAAGUUUACUUGACAAGUGAAUAAUAAAGAAGAUUAUUGUAGAUUCAUGUCAUUGAGAAACUAAAGUGUUGACUUUUUUUACAUUUUAUCAAGUCGGUGAAGCAAAUUUUCAAUGUUUCAUUAAA